GAUUUGUUUAAACACAGCCCUGAGCUCAAAGUUUUGCACUUUGCUUUGCAGCACAUGCACAGCCAUGGCUGUGAAAUGUGCCGGCAAAAUCUCCAUGGCCUGUGUUCUCUUGGGCACUUUCAUCUGCUCCUUCCUUGGUAAGUUCUGCAAAUCUUGCUUGCUUGUUGAAGGGGGGCGAGGUUGUUGAAGAGAGUCAGGGAGUGAGGUUUGUCAUGAAAGAGGAAACGGGGAUGGCUAAAUUACAGCUGAACGAGGCGGCUCAGAGAAAGGGCUCACUCAGUUAACAGGAAGGAGUUUCGGCCCAUAAAUUUUAACCAUGUGCAAACAAAUCAGAAAGAACUUUGCACAGAUUUCUGCCUUGCACUUCCAGUGCUUUGAUGUAACUCAGCGCAGCUCCAGAGUAAUUAAACCAUUAGCAUUCCACAAAAGGGAACAACAUGGAAAGUGGAGAAAGCUUUUCUUCCACUGCUCUGGAGGGUAGAUUCUUUUAGGAUAUUUCCGUUCCACCUUAAAAGGGAGCAGGCUUUGUGAGUCACAGAGUCUGCAUAUUUUCUGCUCACAGGAAGUUUCUGUUUGUCUAUUGCUUUUGUUUUCUCUCUGUGCCUGAGACAUCGAAGCAGGCAGUCAUGUUUUUUUUGUUCUGACCAACGCUGAAUAAAGUAAUAAAUAAUGCUCUCCUGAGUGCAUAUUUCGCUGUGCGAACUCUGCUGAUAGAGCGUGCACCAGCUCUGGAAUGUGGCAAGCUAUUUCUGAAGCUCGUGUCGCUAAUUGACUGAUACUGUAUCUACGGGAGAUCAAUGGAUCGUCCGGAAUCGACGUGGGAUCAUGAAGGCCUUUGUCUCCCUGGCAGUAUCCCAACAGAUUCAACCAACAGAUUCAAGAAAGGAGAUUUGAAUUAAACAUUAGGGAGAACUUUCUGAUGGUAAGAGCCUCAGAAGGUGGUGGACCUUGAAGGUUUUGAAACAGAGGUUUGAUGGCUGUCCAUUAGCCUGGAGGUCCCCAUCACUUAGUUGUGGCUCUUGCAACCUGGCCCGCUCUUUGGCAAUGCUGAUGGGGACACUUAAGGGGCCAGCUUAGGUCAUUCUCUUACAAAGAAACUUGUCCAACUAAUUUAGCAAGUGAAACCUCUAUUGCAUUCUUUGUUUUUGUUUGUUUUGGAAAUAAUUUUUAUUUGAUUUUAAAAAACAAACAGCAUGUAACAAAAUCAUUUCUAAAUCCAUAUACAGUGGUACCUCUGGUUGCGAACGGGAUCCGUUGCGGAGGCCUGUUCGCAACAUGAAAAGAAUGCAACCUGCAGCUGUGCGUCUGCGCACACGCGGGUUGCGAUUCGUCACUUCUGCGCAUGUGCAUGACAUCAUUUUGUGCUUCUGCGCAUGCGUGAGCGGUGAAACCCAGAAGUAACCCUUUCCAGUACUUCCGGGUCGCCUUGGGACGUAACCUGAAAGAAGGUAACAUGAAGUGGAUGUAACAUGAGGUAUGACUGUACAGUGGUACCUCAGUUUAAGAACAGUCCAGUCUAAGAAUGAUUUGGUUUAAGAACUCUGCAAAACCGGAAGUAGUGUCCCGGUUUGAGAACUUUACCUCGGUCCAAGAACGGAAUCUGAACAGUGGAAGGGCACCGGCAGCAGGAGGCCUCAUUAGGGGAGAAGUGCGUUUGUAGAACUUACGAACAUUACGUUUGUAAACCGAGAUAGCACUGUACAAAGAUUACUCUGAAUCUCGCAACUUCCCCCCACCCCCCUUCAUGGGCCCUAAUGCUAAUAUUUAUAUCUGCAUAUCAAUUCAUUAUCCAAAUAUUUUGUCCCUCUAAAUUAUCCAUAAUUUUUGUUACUUUACAAACGUGGUUAAAAUUCUGCUAAUGUUUUCGUCUGUUUACAGUGAUCUCGUAGAUAUAUUAUAAUUUUCCCCCAUUCUUUUUUUAAAGUUCUUGUUCUUUUGGUUUCUGAGCUUCCCAGUUAAUUUUGCCAUUUCAGAAUAGUCCAUCAACUUGGUUUGCCAUUCUUCCCUGUCGACAUUGUUUCUUCCCUCCAUCUCUGGACUAGUAAAGUCCGUGCGGCUGUUGUCGCAUACAUAAAAAGCCUUUUCUGGUCCUUUGGGAUCUCAGUACAUGUAAUUCCUAGAAAAGCUUCUGCGUUUUUAUUUUAAGCAAAAGUUACUUUAAACAUUUUUUUCAUUUCAUUAUAUAUCAUCUCCCAGAAAGUUUCUGUUAUCUUGCGCUUCCACCACAUAUGAUAAAAUGUACCUUCUUUUUCUUUACACUUCCAGCAGAUAUUGGUUCUUGUUCUAUACAUUUUUGCUAACGUAGUAGGAGUCAAAUACCACCGAUACAUCAUUUUCAUAUCAUUUUCUUUCAGCGUACAAAAUGCCUUAAAUUUCAAAUCUAUUUUCCAUAGCCUCUCCCAAUCUGCCAUCUGUAUAUUGUGUCCCAAUGUCUAUUGCAUUCUAACCCUCACUGUGUACAGGACCCGAGAACUGGAAAGGACUCAAGGAGUCAUUCACACCAUCUGGCAAACACGCAACAAUAUUAUGAUAUCCUGCUCUACCUGAUAUAAAAGAAGCAUCAAUAUUUGGCACUCCCCCCCUUCACUUUCUCCCUUUUUCCUCUUCCUUAUUUUUCCCUCCCCAAAAACACUUAGGCCUUGAAAGCAGUCAGGUACCAAAGACUCCUAUGAUUCAGCUGAACGGGAUCCUGGGAGAAUCCGCCUUGCUUCCUGUACAUAUAACCUCGGCCAAUACCGUGUCCAUCGUUAAAUGGAUAUUCCACCCUCGAAAAGGCGAGGCAAAUGACCUUGGGCGAUUCAGCGAUGGGAAAUGGGUGCGGUGGAAUACGAGCGACAGUUUUGGGCAGCGUCUGGAAAUGGUUGAUGGCCCCACGCUGAAAAUAAGCAAAUUGGUGGUGAAGGACAGUGGAGUCUACAAGGCUCAUGUGACGUUUUCCACAGGAGUGACAGAAUCACACACAUUCGGCCUCGCUGUCUAUGGUAUGUACUUGUUUCACCCUCGCACACUGUAAGGAUGUGGGAGAAAUUCAGUCCUGUUCACUUUCACCUGCCUAGGGGAAAGACCACCUCCUUCCUUACAGACUCUUCCAGGUGUUGAGAUCGGCAGUCGGGACCCUCUUGGUAGUCCUGCCAUCCUCAAAAGUUUGGGGAGGGUGGCCUAGGGAGGGGGAUGGAGAGAGGGACUUCUUGGUGGUGGCCCCUAGGCUGCAGAAUGCGUCGCUGUACAUGCAUAAGAACAUAGGAAGGAUCUGCUGGACCAGGCCAAAGGGGACCUCUAUAGUCCAGCCUCCGGUCUUUGCUGUGGCCGACCAGAUGCCCAUCAUGGGAAGCCCACAAGCAGAACCCGGGAACAACUCUUCCUUCCUGUGGUUUCCAGCAACUGACACUCUUCUUUCAUCAAGCCCAUCUGAUGGAUGUGGAAAUGGUGAUGAGGAAGCAGCCAGCACCCCCCCCAAAACCCCCCCCCCCAGUCAGUGAAACCCCAGAGGCAUCAAAGUAAAACACAAUUCCAAAUGUUGCUGCUGACCUUUAAAUCCCUAAACGGCCAUGGCCCAGUAUACCUGAAGGGGCGUCUCCAUCCCCAUUGUUCUGCCCGGACACUGAGGUCCAGCUCCGAGGGUCUUCUGGCGGAUCCCUCCCUGCGAGAAAUGAGGUUACAGGGAACCAGGCAGAGGGCCUUCUCAGUGGUGGCGCUUGCUCUGUGGAACGCCCUCCCUUCAGAUGUCAAGGGGAUAAAGAACUACACAACUUUUAGAAGACAUCUGAAGGCUGCCUUGUAUUGGGAAGAUUUUAAUGUUUGGUGUUUUACUGUGUUUUUAUAUUCUGUUGGAAGCCUCCCAGAGUGGCUGGGGUAACGCAGUCAGGCAUACAAACAAUAAAAUAUUUUUAAAAAUUCAUUUCUAACAGAGCCAGUGCGGGAGCCGCAGGUCACCCAUAAACUGAUCUCCAACACGCCUGAGGGCUGCAAUGUAACCCUGCGGUGCCAGGCAUCAGGAAAGGGAGACUUCCGUGUCUCCUGGAAAAGAGGGAAUCCCCUCAGAGCCCUAGACGAGAGCCCGGACUGGCACCAACUCUCUGACAAUGGGGAAGAUCUCCAUCUGUUCUGGCAUCGCAACGCCUCGGAUGCCAACAUCACCUGCCUGGUGAGCAAUCCGGUGGAUCAGAAGAACAUUUCCAUCAACCUCCUCAGCCUCUGCCCAGCUGAAGGUAAGGAACCCCUGGCCCAUUUCCCCAUUAGCCUGUCUUUUUUUAAUGGAUUUGUAUCCUGCCUUUCUCCAAGUUUAUUUUAUUU